CAUCUAGCUCGCUUCAAUACGACGCCGUCAUGCUCGAAGUCGGCUACUCAAACGCUUUCCUUCAACCGUGAGCCCCAAAAUUCUGCUGCAACCCCCAAUCAUAAGGUACGCUCAAACAAAAACCAAUUUCACUGAAAUCCUAAUAUAUGUAUGUACGCCAAUCAUUGGCAUAUGUUAUGUAUAUGUACAUGCUUGAGCGUUCUUGAAUUUGCGUUAUAUUUCUCUGAAGAUACUGUUUAUUGGGUCUUCUCCGUUUGUGUGAGAAGAGAUGGGGGCAGAAAUUGAAGCAGAUGGACUGAAGAAGCUGGAGUACCUAUCUCUAGUCUCCAAAGUGUGUUCCGAGUUAGAGACUCAUCUAGGGUUUGGUGAUAAGGUGUUGGCUGAGUUCAUCACGGAGAUGGGUCGGAAUUGUGAGAAAGUGGACGAAUUCGAUGCCAAACUGAAGGAGAAUGGUGCAGAGAUGCCGGAUUAUUUUGUGCGGACGCUGCUCACUAUUAUUCAUGCGAUUUUGCCGCCGAAGCAGAAAUCGAAAUCGGAGAAGGGGUCGAAGGAGGGAGAGAAAACCCCAUUUGCAGCUUUGAAGAUCAAGGAUGGUAAGGAGAGGGUGAAGGAUUUGGAGAAGGAGAUUGAGGAGGAAGCUAAAAGCCGGAGGAGAAUAGAGGAAGAGGAUGAGGAAGACAAGUAUAGGGAUAGAGGGAGGGAUAGUGACAGAAGAGAGAGAAGGGACAGAGGGAAGGACAGGGAAAGGGGUAGAUAUGGGGAUAGAGAGGAAAGGGGCAGAUAUGGGGAUAGAGAGGAAAGGGGCAGACAUGGGGUAAGAGAGGAAAGAGGUAGACAUGGGGAUAGAGAGGAAAGGGGCAGAUACGAUAGGGAUGGAUAUGAAGAUGAUAAAGGUAGACGAAGAAACAGUGACAGGGACAGAAAUAAAGAUGAACAGAAUUGGAGGAAUGGGUAUGAGGAAGAGAUGGAUGAUGACAGGAGGGAGACGAGGAAGGAGAGGAGUAAACGGCCGGAGGAGCCAGAAUUGUAUAAAGUUUACAAGGGAAGGGUUUCAAGGGUGAUGGAUAAGGGAUGUUUUGUUCAAUUUCAUGAAUUUAGAGGGAAAGAAGGUCUGGUACAUGUGUCUCAGAUGGCAACUAGGAGGAUUACAAAUGCAAAGGAUGUAGUGAAGCGAGAUCAGGAAGUCUACGUGAAAGUUAUCUCGGUUAGUGGGAAUAAUCUGAGUUUGUCAAUGAGGGAUGUGGAUCAGAACAGUGGAAAGGAUUUGUUGCCCUUGAAGAGGAGUGAGGUGGAUGAUGGUUUGAGAACGAACCCUUCAGGUAGGAAUGAAGGUGGAGGGAUGGGGAGUAGGAUUGGUCUAUCGGGGAUCAAAAUUCUCGAGGAAGAUGAAGCUGUGCCAUCACGAAGACCACUGAAGAGAAUGAGUUCGCCAGAAAGGUGGGAGGCUAAGCAGCUGAUUGCUUCUGGUGUUAUGAGCGUAAAGGAGUAUCCUAUGUUUGAUGAAGACGGAGAUGGGAUGCUUUAUCAGGAGGAAGGAGCAGAAGAGGAGCUAGAGAUUGAAUUGAAUGAGGAUGAACCUGCUUUUUUGCAGGGUCAGAGUAGGUACUCCAUUGACAUGUCUCCUGUAAAGAUAUUCAAGAACCCCGAGGGGUCUUUGAGUCGUGCAGCAGCACUUCAGUCUGCUCUGAUAAAGGAGAGGAGGGAAGUUAGGGAACAACAACAACGAACAAUGUUGGAUUCCAUCCCAAAGGAUCUGAAUCGACCGUGGGAAGAUCCAAUGCCAGAAACAGGUGAGAGGCAUCUUGCUCAGGAACUGAGAGGUGUUGGUUUGUCUGCAUAUGACAUGCCAGAGUGGAAAAAGGAUGCGUAUGGUAAAGCUUUAACUUUUGGACAGAGAUCAAAGCUAUCCAUACAGGAACAGAGACAAAGCUUGCCCAUCUAUAAGUUGAAGAAUGAACUGGUUAAGGCUUGCCAUGAUAAUCAGGUCCUGGUUGUCAUUGGUGAGACAGGGUCAGGUAAGACGACACAGGUAACACAGUAUCUUGCUGAAGCUGGAUAUACUACUAAAGGCAAAAUAGGAUGUACUCAACCUCGUAGAGUGGCUGCAAUGUCUGUGGCCAAGAGAGUUGCUGAGGAAUUUGGUUGUCGUUUAGGGGAAGAAGUUGGCUAUGCAAUUCGUUUUGAGGAUUGUACUAGUCCAGAGACAGUAAUCAAGUAUAUGACCGAUGGUAUGCUUCUUAGGGAGAUUCUGAUUGAUGAAGAUUUGUCUCAGUACUCAGUGAUAAUGCUUGAUGAGGCUCAUGAAAGGACAAUUCACACAGAUGUCCUUUUUGGAUUACUGAAGCAACUUGUGAAACGGAGACCUGAUCUUCGUCUCAUUGUCACAUCCGCAACUUUAGAUGCAGAAAAGUUUUCUGGAUAUUUCUUCAAUUGCAACAUCUUCACUAUUCCCGGGAGAACAUUUCCUGUAGAAAUACUCUACACCAAGCAGCCAGAAAGUGACUACUUGGACGCAUCACUGAUCACUGUAUUACAGAUUCACUUGACUGAACCUGAAGGUGAUAUACUUCUGUUCUUGACUGGUCAAGAAGAGAUCGAUUAUGCAUGUCAAUGCCUUUAUGAGAGGAUGAAGGGUUUAGGUAGAAAUGUUCCCGAGUUGAUUAUUUUACCUGUGUACAGUGCCUUACCUAGUGAAAUGCAGUCCAGGAUUUUUGAGCCUGCACCUCCUGGAAAAAGAAAAGUAGUUGUUGCUACAAAUAUUGCUGAAGCUUCUUUGACUAUUGAUGGCAUAUUCUAUGUGAUUGAUCCUGGGUUUGCAAAGCAAAAUGUCUACAAUCCUAAACAGGGGCUUGAUUCACUGGUGAUAACUCCAAUAUCACAAGCAUCUGCAAAGCAAAGGGCAGGACGAGCUGGGCGAACAGGACCAGGAAAGUGCUAUCGUCUCUAUACAGAGAGUGCAUUUCACAAUGAGAUGUCUCCCACUUCAAUUCCAGAGAUACAGAGGAUUAAUCUCGGAAUGACUACUCUUAAUUUGAAAGCUAUGGGUAUUAAUGACCUAUUAUCUUUUGAUUUUAUGGACCCUCCUUCACCGCAGGCACUUAUAUCAGCCAUGGAACAGUUAUACAGUUUAGGAGCUCUGGAUGAAGAGGGUCUCCUUACCAAGUUGGGUAGGAAAAUGGCAGAAUUUCCUCUAGAUCCGCCACUGUCCAAAAUGCUUCUUGCCAGUGUAGAUCUCGGUUGCAGUGAUGAGAUUCUGACCAUCAUUGCAAUGAUUCAGACUGGAAAUAUAUUCUAUCGACCAAGAGAAAAACAGGCUCAGGCAGACCAGAAAAGAGCAAAGUUUUUUCAGCCUGAAGGAGACCAUUUGACACUACUUGCUGUUUAUGAGGCGUGGAAAGCAAAGAAUUUCUCAGGUCCAUGGUGCUUUGAGAAUUUUGUUCAGUCUCGAUCAUUGAGAAGGGCGCAGGAUGUGAGAAAACAGCUUCUCUCCAUCAUGGACAAGUACAAGUUGGAUGUUGUAAGUGCUGGUAAGAACUUUUCAAAGAUUCGGAAAGCUAUAGCUGCUGGUUUCUUUUUCCAUGCUGCUAGAAAGGAUCCACAAGAAGGCUACAGAACGCUAGUCGAGAACCAGCCAGUUUAUAUACAUCCAAGCAGUGCUUUGUUCCAAAGACAACCUGACUGGGUUAUUUACCACGAAUUGGUGAUGACCACUAAGGAGUAUAUGCGUGAGGUCACAGUUAUAGAUCCCAAGUGGCUUGUUGAACUAGCUCCAAGAUUCUUCAAGGUCUCAGAUCCUACAAAAAUGAGCAAGCGUAAGAGACAAGAGCGUAUUGAGCCACUCUAUGACAGAUAUCAUGAACCAAAUUCUUGGCGUUUGAGCAAAAGGCGUGCUUAGUCUUGCUUGAUAUUGUUGCUGGCUCUUUGCUGGAGUUGAUAGAGCUGCAGGCUCUGAUCAGAAUGUUUUUGGAUUGAGCUUCAAUGAAACGGAAAUUUGAUGUCAUGGGUGAGCCUGAGAGAAACAUGUCGCGAGAUAAAGGCUUCCCAAGCUUCUAUAAUGGCUUUAGUACCAGGUUGUGGAAUGCAUUUGUUUCUAUACUUGUGCACAAGAGAAGUGAUAACUAUGCCCUCCUCUGGACUUAAAUGUUUCAGUUUUCGUCCUCGGAGAAGUGAAAGAUUUUGGUGAACCUGUUGCAUUUUUCCCUAAUUGCAGCCGAGCAUUGUUCUGCAAGUUUCUUUUAGGUAGUAUCUGCUCAUUACUUCUCAUAUACAUAUUAAAUUUUCUCUGCACGGAUUUGAACUUGCUGUUGUGGUUUUCUUUCUCAUUUUCCACAGGUGACAGAGGUGUACUUUGCAAAUAUUUCAUAGCUAUUUGUUCACCACAUUCUUGUUUAAGUAUCGAGUGAUUAUUCCUCGCAACUAAUGGAAUUGAUUGGUUAAAGAGUCACGGAAGGUGAAUUUUGGUUGGCA